AGAAGCGCGUCGGCCAUUUUCCUCGGAAGGGGGCCUCGGCUUCAACACGUGAGAGAGAGGAGCCCGAAGAGACUGAAACAGUCCAGCAUCUCUGACUCCGAGAGGAUAUCCUUCAUGUGUGGACCGGCAGAGGCAUAGAAAGCCAGCACAAUGCCCACAAUCACUCUACCGCCGAAGGAGAACGCACUCUUCAAGAGGAUCCUGAGAUGUUACGAGCACAAGCAGUACAGAAACGGCCUGAAGUUCUGCAAACAGAUCCUGGGCAACCCGAAGUUUGCUGAACAUGGAGAGACGCUGGCCAUGAAGGGUUUAACCCUCAACUGUCUGGGCAAGAAGGAGGAGGCCUACGAGCUGGUGAGGCGAGGCCUACGCAACGACCUCAAGAGCCACGUCUGCUGGCAUGUGUAUGGCCUGCUGCAGCGCUCAGACAAAAAGUACGACGAGGCCAUCAAGUGUUACCGCAACGCCCUAAAGUGGGACAAGGACAACCUGCAGAUCCUGCGGGACCUCUCCCUGCUGCAGAUCCAGAUGAGAGACCUGGAGGGAUACAGGGAGACCCGGUACCAGCUGCUGCAGCUGCGUCCAGCCCAGCGAGCCUCGUGGAUCGGGUACGCCGUCGCCUAUCACCUGCUCGAGGACUUUGAGAUGGCUGCCAAGAUUGUCGAGGAGUUCCGCAAAACACAACAAACGUCUCCAGACAAGGUGGACUACGAGUACAGUGAACUACUGCUGUAUCAGAACCAGGUUCUGAGGGAGGCCGGUCUGCACAAAGAGGCCCUCGAUCACCUCAACGACUACGAGAAACAGAUCUGUGACAAACUGGCUGUGGAGGAGACCAGAGGAGAGCUGCUACUGAACCUGGACAGGCCUGAGGAGGCGUGUGAGGUCUACAGUGGACUCCAGGAGAGGAACCCUGAGAACUGGGCCUACUACCAAGGACUGGAAAAGGCCUUAAAGCCAGGGAGUAUAGAGGAGCGUCAGAAGAUUUACGAGGACUCCUGGCUGAAGUUUCCUAAAGGCCUGGUUCCCCGAAGACUGCCUCUUAAUUUCCUCACAGGGGAGAAGUUUCGUGAAUGUCUGGACAGCUACCUGAGGAUGAACUUCAGUAAAGGCUGCCCGCCUGUCUUCACCACCCUCAAGUCCCUCUACACCAACAAAGAGAAGGUCACAAUCAUUGAAGAAUUAGUAGUCGGCUUUGAAAUGUGUCUAAAGAGCUGCCGAAUGUUUAGUGAAAACGACGAUGGGAAGGAGGAGCCCCCCACCACCCUGCUGUGGGUGCAGUAUUUCCUGGCGCAGCACUUUGACUUCAUAGACAAGCACGGCCUCGCUCUGGAGUACAUCAACGCGGCCAUCGACAGCACGCCAACGCUCAUCGAGCUCUUCCUCAUCAAGGCCAAGAUCUACAAGCACGCAGGUAACAUAAAGGAAGCAGCGCGGUGGAUGGACGAGGCUCAAGCCCUGGACACGGCCGAUCGCUUCAUCAACUCCAAGUGUGCCAAGUACAUGCUGAAGGCCGGCCUCAUCAAGGAAGCCGAGGAGAUGUGCUCCAAGUUCACACGGGAGGGGACGUCUGCAGUGGAGAACCUGAACGAGAUGCAGUGCAUGUGGUUCCAGACGGAAUGUGCCCUCGCCUACAAAGCCAUGAACAAGCUCGGAGAAGCCCUGAAGAAGUGCCACGAGAUCGAGAGGCAUUUUGUGGAGAUCACAGACGACCAGUUCGACUUUCACACGUACUGCAUGCGGAAGAUGACGUUGCGCUCCUACGUGGAUCUGCUAAAGCUGGAGGACGUCCUGCGGCAGCAUCCGUUCUACUUCAAAGCUGCUCGGACCGCCAUCCAGAUCUACCUGGCGCUGCACGACAAACCUCUGACAGACGACAGCAAGGAGAGCAAGGCUGACGCCGAAAAUCUGACGGACAAAGAGCUGAAGAAACUGCGCAACAAACAGCGACGAGCCCAGAAGAAGGCGCAGCUGGAGGAGGAGAAGAAGAAUGCAGAGAAGGAGAAACAGCUGAAGAACCAGAAGAAGAAGAAGGAGGAUGAUGACGAGGAGAUAGGCGGGCCGAAGGAGGAGCUAAUACCAGACAAACUGUCCAAGCCGGAGAAUCCUCUGGAGGAGGCUGUGAAGUUCCUGAUCCCCCUGAAGAACUUGGUGCGCAACCAGAUCGAGACUCACCUCCUGGCCUUCGAGAUCUACUUCAGGAAAGAGAAGUACCUUCUGAUGCUGCAGUCGAUAAAGAGGGCCGUGGCCAUCGAGCCGUCCCACCCGUGGCUGCACCAGUGUCUGGUGCGCUUCUUCAAAGGAGUGAGUGACAGCGCUGACUUGGCCGAGGCGGUGAGGACAGUUUUGAAGCAGGAGAUCUCCAGACUGUUUGGAGAGAGCAACCCAGACAGCUUCAACAAGAACUACCUGAGCCAACACUCCAACUCCAUCCCACACCGACUGGCUGCUGCUAAGAUGAUGGUCUAUCUGCAGCCUUCCUCUGAUAAGAUGGCCUGUGAGAUCGCUACAGCGCUGGACGAGUCUCUGUCUGGAAAAAGCCUCCAGAUCUGUACUGAGGUGCUGGAUGCCCUGCGUGACGGCCAGCUGGGCGAGGAACAGCAGAAGGCGGCCGAGGCCUACCGAGCCGCCUGCCACAAGCUCUUCCCUUAUAGCUUGUCAUUCAUGCCCCCUGGUUACCAUGACAACAGUAACACAAUCAGUGCCAAUGGCGACCUGUCGGCGGGAGAGCACGAUGACAUGUCAAACGAGAUGUGAGCUCUGACGAGAGGAGGAGGUGGGAACAUGCUGCCAGACGCCUUAGUCCGCCAACACACCCAGUCCCCCCAUCCUCCUCGUCGUCGUCCUCCUGCUCCUCAUCCUCUUCCUCCCCCUUCUCAUCCUCCCUCCUCAAACCCACGGCUAAGGCUGCGUUGAGUCCCCGUCCCCCCCCCCCCCCCACAUUGCACUGAUCUGGAUGGACUGAGCGCCACAGGACGGACAGGAAAGGGAGCUGGCAUAUGCAGGAAGACAGACUUUUUUAAACGUUUAAAAAAAAAAAAAAAUGCCCCGCAGAUGUUCUGUCCCUGAAAACAAAACCAGAUAAAUACAGUAUGAGGAGGCAGAGAGGAUUCUGGGAGAAGACAUUGGCCGGCUGAGAUGGCUUCUGUAAACACAGUCCAGGUUUUCUAAGACUCCUGUGUUUUCUUGAAGGUUCAUCUGCUUCUCACGUUUUUAAAAGUAAUUUAUAUAUUACAAACUGACAAAUGGAUUAAUAAAAACAAUGUUUGCUAAACAAAAGCGUACCAUUGUGA